AUGCAGCUCCAUCGCGGCGCGGUGUCGAUAGUAGCGUCGCGAACCCUGUCCACAAAGCCCGAUGGCCGACCGAAUCUGUCGGGGCUUGCCUCUGAACAGGAGUCGCGCGAAAGUGCCUCACCGUUCAAGCAGCACCGCCAGCGGGAGCUGCGGGAGGACCAGGAGAAAGAGGACCCGCUCUAUCCAGAUCCAUAUCCUCGACUAGAAUCUCUCCCCGCUCGAAAGAGCGUUCCAGAGUUCUUGGAAGACUUCCACGAGGGCCUUUCCGACGAGAACGUCACCCUCACCGGCCGCGUCCGGUCCAAGCGAGUGGUGGGCAAGUCGCUCAUCUUCCUCGACAUCGUAAACGAGUUCCAAAAAGUGCAAGUCAUGGUCAACAAGAACAAGUGUGUGUCAGAGAAGCAUAGAAGAAUCCAUAAAUUCGCCCUGUUCAAGAACUUAAUACAAGUUGGCGACCAUAUCUCGGUCACUGGCAUCGCCACUCGCACAAAUAGUGGAGAGCCGACGCUCGAGGCGCGGCAGCUUCCCGAGCUCCUGUCGCCGUCCAUGGAGCAAAUUCCUGAGAAGCUCACCGACGCGAAGACGAGGAUGCAGGAGCGUCACGUCGACAUGCUCGUGAACAGAGAAGUGGUGGAUGUGCUGAGGCUUCGUGCGGAAAUCACCAAGCACAUGCGCGACCACUUCCACUCGAAGCGAUUCCUCGAGUUCCAGACGCCCAUCCUGGCCGAGAACGCGGGAGGAGCCGUUGCCCGGCCUUUCGUCACCAGGGCCACCGAGUUCCGAAACAAAGACUUGGCGCUCCGCAUCGCUCCAGAGCUGUGGCUGAAGCGCCUCGUGGUCGGAGGCGUGGACAAGGUCUUUGAGAUUGGCCCGGCUUUUCGAAACGAGGGCGUGGACGCAACGCACAACCCCGAGUUCACCAUGUGCGAGUUCUACAGCGCCUAUACCAACCUCGCUGAUCUUAUCAACGAGACCGAGGAGCUCAUGUACAGCUUGGCCAAGCACUGCCAGGAGCUGAUAUCCACGCAGCUCACGUCUCUGCCGCCCAUCGAUCUGAGCCGGUUCGUGCGGCCGUUCAAGCAAGUCGAGUUCAUCCCCGCGCUGGAGGAGGCGAUCGGGAUCCGCUUUCCAAAGCUCACUGCCGAGGGUGCCCUGCCCGAGCUUCUUGCAGUUCUGAAGCUUGCCGGCAUCAAGAUCCCAGGCGAAGUGCCCAACUCGCUGCCUAAGCUAUUGGAUCGCUUGGCGGCCAUCUACAUCGAGCCCAUGUCCUUCAACGAGCCCGUCUUCAUCACCAACCACCCGGUGUGCAUGUCGCCCCUAGCCAAGGGGUUCCUGUGCCCCAACACGUACCAGCUCGUGUCGGCACGCGCGGAGCUCUUCGUCGGCGGCAGAGAGCUGGCCAACAUGUACGAAGAAGAGAACGACCCCGAGGAGCAGAAGCGCAAGCUCAAUGCCCAUCGCAACCUCGUGAAUAAGCCCAACGGAGAAGUUGGGUUCGAGGAGGCGGCAGCAGAGGAGGCUCCAGCGCCGCCGCUUGCGGAGGAAGCCGAAAAAGACGAGUGGGAAACGUCCCCGCUUGAUCAGAGCUACGUCAAGGCGCUGGACUACGCGUUGCCCCCGACGGGAGGUUGGGGCUGCGGCGUGGAGCGCCUCGUGAUGCUCUUCUCCGGGGCCAACCGCAUCAGCGACUGCCUGAGCUUUGGGACACUGAGGAAUGUGGUGGGACUAUCGGCUGACGACAAGGAGAUGCCGUCGAAGUGA